AUGGCUCCUCGACUUGCGGAGCUACCCGACGAUAUCCUCUUUCUGGUCUUUGCCAAUUUGGAAAGCGCUCGGGAACUAUGGGCUCUCGCACUUUCCUGUCACAAAUUCCGGCAACUGGUCCAGAGCGAUGGGUGGCGCAUUUUUGUCAGGAACAGGUUCCCGACCCUCAGUGUCCCAGCUCCGGCUACAGGAAGCCACACAUGGCAGCAACUGGCCGAAUCGAUGACUUGGCAAAGUCGAUGCUGGGAUAAGCGGUCCCUUCAGUUCCAGGUCCUACUUCCUCGUCGCCCCGACCCUACCCAUGGGAGGCACGGGUGGCGGCAAAGAGACCCCGUGACUGCGUUCAUGUCUGUUGUUGACGCUCACCUUGACCUUGCUACCCAACAAGAGCUUGCAGUGUGGGGCGCCGGGGAGGAUAUCGUCGCUCGCUAUCGGGAGCGACAAGGGCGAGGCAAGGUUUCGAAAACCUCCUGGCAGAAGCUAGAAGGUGGAAAGCUCGGUCUCAGCGGCGGCUAUGACGACGUGAAUACCAUCAAAAUCGUCAAGCAUGGCAGUGGGCGAGCCAUCGUCGCGGGACGGCAUAACGGUGUACUGUCUCUCCUGUCCGCUGAACCAGACCGUUUCGGGGAGCAUAUUGCCCAGUUUGUUUCUGCUACCGACCCGGGGAUCAGCACCCGUCAGCUCUCCGAACCGGGCACCAUCAACGCUCUAGAUGUCGUUGACAGCAGCAAGGGCACGUUGGUUGCUGCCGCUUCCAAGUCCGACUUGAGGAUUUACGGUCUAUCGGAGGAGCAUUCUGGGGAAAUAGCGCCUUCCACGUCCUACGACUUGAAAGAAAGGGAUCUGAUGCCUAGUUCUGCGAGGCUGGGUGGCGCCAAAUGGAUGGGAAACGGAGAGUCCAUAGCACUUGCUGUGGUUGGCUGCAAAGACCCUCUUCGUUAUCUGGCUCUUACACCCACAGGGUGGUCUCACCAUGCCGUUGGGAAGAGCAGGAGGAUAGAGGAUGAAUUCGACGUCGGCUCUGACAAGACUAUCUCCCCAAACUCUCUUGAGCCAGUCUACCUACAUUCAGGGGCUAAAAGGGGAACAAGCUUGCUCCUCAGUUCGUGGAAAGACGGCACGAUAAGACUCCAAGACCUCCGCACAUCCUCUUCUUUCGACGCCGUGUAUCAGGAUAACGUGGAUCCAUGGUCCGUCGCCGAAUCCCUCAUGGCCUACGGCACAGAGAGAUUUGUAGCAGGCGGUGGAGAUGGGCUCACGCUUCAGGUGUUCGACUUCCGGUGGACGAAAGGUUACUACCACACCUCUGGCCUUUCGUGCCUCGACCGCGCCCCCUUCCCGCGGCCUCACCAGCCCUUUAUGAAACCGGCCGGCAUCGAAGGGAAAGGCAGGGCGCGCUGUGACCAUCUCCUGGGCCUACCCUGCCGCUGGCAUGAGCUCUCAAAACAUCUCUACUAUCGGCCCAACGCCAAGUACUUUCUCUCCAACUCACUCCGAUACUUCAAAUUGUGCAGCGUAUGGUCCCUUGCCCGGCCUUCGGACGUCUCGCCCAACUUUUACGUCGGCAUCUCGGGGGGAGUCGUUGAAGUGAACUUGGAGCAAACGCCCGACACCUACCCCCCCGACACCUUCACGGUUGACCCCAACUUUGGAGCCGGCGACUGGAGAGCGGUGGCGCCUCCCGCGAGUAACUAUAAGAGCCAGCCGCUCGUUCCUGCCUUGAUGGAAACGGGAGAUGGUUAUUCUUACUCGGGGAAUGAUCGAUCGAUCUUGUUGCCGGGCUUGGUUCGCUACCAAGGACCGGCAGAGUGGAUGGUGAACCGGGGCCCGCUGGCGAAGCAUCAUCGGCUUGACAACGGGUACCAGGAGCCAUCGGAUUUUGGAGCGGACCCUAAACAGAUGUUCAAGGAGUUUGCGGAUCCCAGAUUUUCCAUUCGUGGGAUUGUCCAAGAAUUUGAAGAGCGGGCAUGA